CUCGCGUCACAUCAUCGGGGGUACCACACAUGCGCAGUAGAAUCUGGUCUGCACUCGCCGAAAUUGAGCCAAUAGCAACGCACGACCGCAUCUCCAGUUACACUGCGCAUGCGUUAAACCCCGCUACCCAACCCGUGUCCUCACCUCUUUCCAUAGGCCUUGGCGCACACCCGGAAGUAAAUAGAAACAACAUUUUCAUUGAUAACAACCAUGGAUGUAUUAAAAGAACAAUAACAACCGGUGUUUGUUAUAACGGAAGAUUAACGGCAGUCAUCACGGAGAGGAACUGUUGUUCUCUCCUCUCACAUGGGUCACUGUGACCAUAUGACAAGGACUGAAUAUCGAACAAACAACUCAUCAGUAGUGUUGCUGGUAGAACCCUACCGCUACCUACCGUUACCCUACCGUUACCGUACCGUUACCCUAGGGUUAGGGCAGGAUGGCGAGUUAUGUGAAGUUCCACACUCAGCUGGCGUCCAUCAUGGAGGUGCUGGCUAACGCGGCGGUGGCUGAGAUCUGUCAGCUGGUGGAGGACGGGUUCGCCUCUCUGAGGCUGGAGGUGUCCCGGAGCCAGAGAGAGAACCUGGAGCUGAAGAGCACCCUGCAGAGCCAGAGAGAGAACCUGGAGCUGAAGAGCACCCUGCAGAGCCAGAGAGACCACCUGGAGCUGAAGAGCACCCUGCAGAGCCAGAGAGAGAACCUGGAGCUGAAGAGCACCCUGCAGAGCCAGAGGGAGAACCUGGAGCUGAAGAGCACCCUGCGGCUGAUGGAGGUCCGUUCAGGAGAGCCCAGCCCCUUGCAGGUGGAGGAGACCUGUACCAGGAAAGAUCACGUCGGAGAAGACAGCUCUACCAUUUCCAAAAGAAAAGUCAAGUCCACCAUGCUGGAGAAAACUGACACUCAGGGGUCACAGCUGGUGGUUGUGACGGAGCAGCCGGUGGAGCCAGAGGUGGUAGUGAUAAAGAAGGAAAGGCUGGAGGAAGAGCUGGAAGACCAUCAGACAGCUUCUAACAUCAGCAUUGGUCCCCAGUAUCUCUCUCUUGCUGCUGAGAGCGACCGCCCUCGGAAUGUUGAAGCAGAAAUCCCCAGAGUCAGUUUGUCAGGUCGGUAUGACAAUCGGGACUUUCCCAGACCUGAAGCUCAGCAGCAGGAAGAGGAAGGAGUGGAGGAGGCCAGUACUCCGUGUCGGUACUCUCAUCCAGCACACAGAGGUGGUGGUCCAAACAGAGCCAGAGAAAUGACGGACUUGACCAAAGAAGAAGAAAAACAUGUUGUAGAUUCCAUUGACUCUCUGUCGGCUGAGUCCAGUAGUAGUAAAGUUCCUGAUGACGAGACUGCACCGAUGGCGACGCUGGAUUCAGAGCCAUCACCUCCAAACAGCGGAGUGAAGGGUUUGUGUGGUGCUGCAGCAGACUGGAGGGGAGAGGCAGUCAAACUGGAAGCUGAACCCUCCUGGUCUGAAGCUUUUCGGACAUGUAAUCCUUUACUUUCUGUCACUAGAAAUGAGUGUGUGAGUAACAGCACACUAACUAACACUAGCAGUCAUCACAUAGAGCGUGAAGCAGCAGAGCUGGACACCAGCAGCUUGGACUCUUCCUCCUUCGAUGACCUGUUCUCUUCUCCAGAGGUGGCCAGGUCUCUGACAGCUCCCCACAAACACUCCUCAAAUGGAGUGACAAGCACAGAGGAGCCCCUGUCAUCUCAUCUCACCUCAUCUUUUCCUUUCCAGAGCAGUGAGAGCAGCUUUGGGAACUGUUCCAUGUCAGACUCCCUAACUGUCUCCUCCUUCAGUAUCGCCUCCUCUGACUCCAGGAGCAGAAGCUUUCCCAGCAGCACAGAGCAAGAAUUCAGCUGCCACCAGUGUUGCCGCCUCUUUUCCACUUCCAGGGACCUGGUGGUGCACCAACGCUCCCAUGCCGGGGAGAGGAUCUACCACUGCCACCUCUGUAGGAAGCCCUUCAUCCACCCGCACCAGCUGAACACCACCAGCGGGUGCACCCGAGAGAAACCGUUCAGUUGCACUCAGUGCGGCAAGCGCUUCUCCCAGUCCAGCCACAUCAAGAGACACAUGAGCGUCCACACAGGGGAGAAGCGCUACAGCUGCAGCCUGUGUGGGAAACGCUUCUCGCAGGCCUGCAGCCUUAAGGUGCACCAGACCGUACACACCGGAGAGAGACCCUACAGCUGCACCAAGUGUGGCAAGAGCUUCUCUGUGCUGGGAAACCUGGUUCGCCACCACAGCGUCCACAUUGGCAAUGAACAAACGCACAAAGCCAUGAAGGGACUGACAUAGAGAGUAACCGGCAGUGUAAUGUGCAUAUGAAGUCAGUAGGGCUCAUCAUAUGUCUGUCAGAAUGUAUUUAGCAGACCUAUGCUGUUGUCAUUUAAUACACAUUUAUGUUUAACAAUAAAACAUAAACAAAA